CUAGCGUGUCUNGAACAUAAUACUGCCGACUCGUUGUGGAUUGUUUAUGAGGAUAAAGUUCUGGAUAUCACUCGUUUCACAGACGAACAUCCUGGAGGAGAUGAGGUAUUACUUGAAGUGGCUGGACAAGAUGGUACAUCGAAAUUUAUUGACGCUGAUCAUUCAAAAGAUGCCGUUGAAAUGAUAGAUCAGUACGUGAUCGGUAGGCUUAAAGAGAGCGAUCGACAGCGACUUCAGUCUGCUCAGAAGCGAUCAUCAGCAGGCAACAACACCCGUCGCAUUCAACUUCUGUGUGCUUUGGGUGCCGGAGUGAUUUUGAUCGGUGCCUUUGUUGUUUACAGAUACAUUCGGAAGUAA